CCAGCAUGAACCUGAAGAAGUAUUUUGUUCGAGCACUGCACCGUCUGCAGAAAGGCCCUGGCUACACAUACAAAGAGCUGCUGGUCUGGUACUGUGACAACACCAACACACACGGCCCCAAACGCAUCAUCAGAGAGGGGCCAAAGAAGAAAUUCAUGUGGUUUUUCUUAACUUUGCUCUUCGCAUCUCUGGUCUUCUGGCAGUGGGGUAUCCUCAUUAACACGUACCUCUCCUACAGUGUCACUUCAUCUCUUUCGAUUGGAUUUAAGACUAUGAAGUUCCCAGCAGUCACAGUCUGCAAUGCCAACCCUUUCAAAUACUCAGAGGUGAAGCCGCUGCUGAAAGAGUUGGACAAACUCAUAGACGCGGCUCUAGACAGGAUCCUGCAGCCCACGCAGGGGGACUCCAUCCUGCCCCCGCCACUGAACAGCAGCGACGACAUCUCCGAGACACUGGAUCUGAACCUGUGGAACCAGAUACCGCUGGUCCUCAUUGACGAGCACGACAAAGACCAUCCCGUCAUCGUGGAUAUCUUUGAGACCAACCAGACUGGCCCAGGGAACCAGACUGUUGCUCCUCCUGACACAUCCAACACAACAUCCGAAGGAAAAAAAUACAAACUGGCAGUGAAACUGUGCAGCUACGAGGGCUCCAACGACUGCAUCUACUGGAACUUCACGAGCGCGGCGCAGGCCGUGACCGAGUGGUACAUCCUGCAGUCCACCAGCAUCCUCUCCAAAGUGCCGCUGGAGGAGAGAAUCAGGAUGGGCUACCAAGCAGAGGACAUGAUCCUGGCAUGUCUCUACGGGGCCGAACCCUGCAACUACAAGAAUUUCACCCAAAUCUAUCAUCCAGACCAUGGGAACUGCUACAUCUUUAACUGGGGCAUGGAUGAGGAGGCUUUGAAUUCUUCCAACCCUGGAGCUGAGUUUGGGCUGAAGUUAAUUCUGGACAUCAGCCAGCAAGAUUAUAUCCCCUACCUGUCAUCAGCUGCCGGGGCUAGACUAAUGCUGCACCAGCAGAAGAGCUUCCCAUUUCUUAAGGAUCAGGGCAUCUAUGCAAUGGCUGGGACGGAAACCUCCAUCGGCUUCUUAGUGGAUGAACUGGAACGAAUGGGUUAUCCCUACAGUGACUGCACUAUGAAUGGGUCUGAUGUCCCAGUAAAAAACCUAUAUAGUGAAUAUAAUACUUCCUAUUCCAUACAGGCUUGUCUGCGCUCUUGUUUCCAAUAUCGCAUGGUUGAAAUCUGUGGAUGUGGUCACUAUAUGUUUCCUUUACCUGAAGGGGUAAAUUAUUGCAAUAAUGAAGAUAACCCAGGUUGGGCAUAUUGCUAUUCAUCACUGAGAUCAAGUGUAGGACACAGACAGUUUUGUAUUGACUCUUGUAAGGAGACAUGCAAUGACACGCAAUAUAAAAUGACCAUCUCCAUGGCAGACUGGCCAUCGGAAGCUUCAGAGGACUGGAUUUUCCAUAUAUUGUCUUACGAAAGGGACAUGUCAACAAAUGUGACUCUGGACAGAAACGGAGUCAUCAAGCUGAACAUCUACUUCCAGGAGUACAACUACCGGACCUUCUCGGAGUCUGCUGCCACCACCAUCGUGUGGCUGCUGUCGAACCUGGGAGGCCAGUUCGGCUUCUGGAUGGGGGGCUCUGUGCUCUGCCUCAUAGAGUUCGGGGAGAUCAUCAUCGACUCGCUGUGGAUCACCGUCAUCAACGUCAUCAGCUGGUGCAAGGGCCUGAAGCAGCGGCGAGCGCGGGCGCGCUACCCGGACGCGCCGCCCACGGUGUCGGAGCUGGUGGAGGCGCACGCCAACCGCAAGGUCCUGAAGCAGCGGCGAGCGCGGGCGCGCUACCCGGACGCGCCGCCCACGGUGUCGGAGCUGGUGGAGGCGCACGCCAACCCGGGCUACCAGCACGAGGACGGCGACGGGCCCCGCGGGGCCGCGCUGCCCCCCGAGCCCGGCCCCCCCCCGCCCAACUACGACUCGCUGCGCGGGCAGCGCCCGGCCGCCCUGGGCCCCGACAGCGACGCCGAGAGCGAGUGA